AUGUAUGCACCAGGGAGCGACUCCGCGAUCAAGCGGCCCUCGGACGGCCUGGACGUCGAGGACGAGGAGCUGGGCGGGCCGAGCCUGCUGCCGACCUCGACGCCGCAAGGGGCGUGGCAGUCGUCCGGCGGCGGUGGAGCUGGCGCGGGGCAAGUCUCAGGACGCAUCGAGACGUCCAACGAAGCAGCGCACGUGCACGAAUCCACUCUCGACGAGCCAGUAUGGCAGACGGUCCUGCGCGACCUGAAGCGGAUAUCUACCAACACAAAGGCCGUGCUCCUCCCGGGGUCCGAUCGAGGGUCGUCCACGUUCAUGAGCGACUGGGACCUCUGGGGCCCGCUCGUGUUCACGCUCUCGCUCGCCAUCUGCCUCAGCGUCGGCGCCGCGAAGGCCUCGAGGGUGUUUGCGAUGGUGUUCGUCAUCCUCGGCCUGGGCGCGGUCGCCCUCACCGCGAACGUCUCCCUCCUCGGAGGCCGCAUGGCGUUCUUCCAAGGGCUGUGCCUCCUCGGCUACUGCCUCUUCCCGCUCGUCGUGGCCGCAGCCAUCAGCCUCGCCGUCGCGCACUGGGCGGUGCGGCUGCCGAUCUUCAUCCUCGCGGUCGCGUGGUCGUCGUGGGCAGCCGUGCCGUUCGUCGGCCACAGCGUCGACGAGCGCCGGCGCGCGCUCGCGGUCUACCCCCUGUUCCUGCUUUACAUCGUCAUUGCGUGGAUGGGAUUCGUGCGGUAA